AUGGGUAUGUUUGGUCUUUGCUUCUUUGGGCUCCAUGCUUUGAAAAUAUCUCUUUUAAGUACUCUUGAGAAACUGGCUACGAAAAACAGAGUUCUUGUAUCAAUCGCAGUGACCGUUCUGAUAUCGCUAAUACGCCAAGUUCUGGCCACAUACUCCCUCCUCAUUAGUCUUUUGAUCACUAAAAGGGGAUACGAGGCAACAUUUUUGUCAAUUCCAACGUUUAUUAUAACAGCAGUACUACUAUACGAAGAUGAUGCCUUUGAGCAUGUAAAUAAAUUGAGUGAUAAAAGGAUAAGAUGGACAUUUCACAUUUUAUCUCUAUUUAUCUACUCUUAUUCGUUUGCUAUUCUAUUUAACAUUAACCACAAGGAUUUAUUUCAACAUUACAAGAAAAAGAUACGCUCGAAAUUUUCAAAAUCAUCAGGUAAUAAAAGUGCAAGUAUGGACUGGAAAGACGAUGCUUCAUACGUAUUUGGCAGUCGGAGAGAUGAAUAUGCUAGAAUAGAUAGUCAUGAGCCAAAAUCACCCUGGGAACUUCAGUCUGAUUUUUCUGACGAAUCAGAUAAUUAA